AUGUUAGCAUUCUCUUGCCUAGUCGUACUGGAAGUGCGCUGUUUCGAACUCCGAGAUACUUUGCCGAAUGGGACUGCCCCUCUUUUUGGGUGGGCGGUUCAGAGGAGACCGGCAGCCCCGAGCGCUCUGCAUCCCAGGUGCUCCAGUCUUCCGCCAGUCACUCUCUCAGACACUGGCUCAGAGGUGGCCGACCUUUCCGACCACUUGGAUCAGGACAUCCACGAGGAUAGCGCUGGGGAGGGCUCUUCGCUCGCCCCAGAGCUAUCGAUCGUCCUCAAGCCUUUGCCGCCCCCCUCGCCGGUUGGUGGCUCACCCUUCAAGGGUGUGCUCGGCUUCCUGCACAAGGACCCCUUCGAGCUGGAAGCCAAACGCGAGGCAGCGCUUCGGAGGGAUGUCAAGCAGAUGCUACGCCAGGUCUACAGGCGCAGCGUCGAGGCGACGGGCUCGUGCUUUCGGGCGGAAGAUCCUCCAUGGCCUCCAAAGGAGAGACAGCUCGACCUGCCGAGGAUCAAAAAGGUGUCACCCUUGAAACGGUGGGUGUUCGCCCUGCCGAAGCAAGAAACGGUCGUGCCCAAGAAGGCCAAGGCCCUCUUGCCAUCAGAGCCCGUGAACCUAGCCCGGAAGGCCACCGUGCAGACGAUGCGCGCCUUCGGACGCAGUGGCCAGGGAGGCCCCUACACACUGCGGCAAAUCUACGAAGAGGUUGAGGCGGAUGUUCAUCAUCGGCCUCCUGUAGAUGUUCGAGCCUCCACUGGGCGGCUUGGACCAGAAAUUCUGGGGCCGGGAACCACCCGACAGCGGAGGAAACUCCCCUUUGCACACCCGCAGAUGCUGACUGACAACCAUCGGUCCAAGAGCGCCGGGAGCCUUCCACGUGGGCCUUUUUUGUGCAAUGCCACAGCCAUGGCGGCAGCAGACCUCGAUACUCAGGGACUGGUGGGCUCCGUGCCCGAGCUCUCGUCGCUCUUCGCAGCUUUGGGCGCUGAGCGGCCACCCGAAGGGCUUCCGCCAAAUGUGCCUCCAGCGCUUUGGGCGGCCAUGUGCCGAAAACGCAUGGAAGACAUCUGGGAACACAAUACGAGCUCCUUCCAAGAUCGUGAAUCCCACCUUCGGAAGAGGCACUUUCCAAUUCCUGGCCCACCGAAGGGGAGGUCGCUGACCCUGCUAGAAGACCCAACAGGCCGAUUUGCCGUCGGAACCACCGGAGCUGUUCUUUGGCCAGCAGCCACAGCUCUCAUCGAGUACCUUGACGGGCAGGUGAAAAAGUCCUGCCUGAAUUUUCGCUGUGUGGAGCUUGGAGCUGGUGUUGGCGCAGUGGGACUUUUUAUGGCCCUUCACAAGGGCUGCGAAGUUACCCUCACGGAGGUGCCAGAGCAGCUGCAGCUCCUCGGCCUCAACGUCUCCGAGAACUCUCCGACGGGCCUCGACCUGCAGGUGGCUCCCCUGACGUGGGGCGACCAGGAGCAGAUGGAGGUUCUUGGUACCUUCGAGAUGGUCGUGGGCAGUGAUGUCAGCUACCGACCCCAGUGCAUCGGUGAGCUGCUCUCGACGGCCGAACGUCUCCUUGCACCUUGUGGAAGGGUGGUCCUCAGCCUCCAGGAUCGACCAGGUGAGGCAGAUCUUCUGGAGUCCUCCUUGAAGAGCCUGGCCGUCUCGAAACGGGAAAGCGUGGUGGCCAAGAGCCUCGAAGGUGAUGAGGACGUACCCGUCAUCAUCUUCGAGCUGCGCCGGCCGACGGAGAUGCAGCCUAGGGAAGCCCCGAAGGCAGCCGGAGAUGUGGAGGACGAGUUCUUCCGCCUCACCGGCAUCAGGCCGGACCCGGUCGUCAUCCCAAAGAAGGAGAAGCCGAAGGAGCCGCCUCCCGAACCGCCGAGACCUAGCUUCAAAGAGCGCGUCGUGCGCGAUCUGCUGGACCGGGGAAUGGCAGAGUAUGUGGGCGAUGUGGAUGAAGAGACGAAGGCCAAGGUGGCCAAAGAGGCUGGCUACCCUCUCAGUGUCUUCGACAAGCCGAAGACCAUGCUCAACGACGCAGCUAUUCGAGCUGCCGCCGCGGAGGAUUGGUUCAGCACGAAAGCAAAGCCUCCGAGCAAAGGCGGAGAGGAGGCAGAGGCUGACAAGACGCCUUCCGAGGAGACUGGGCUUCGCAAAGACGGUGGCACAGUGCUGAAGUGCUUGGAUGGACUUGACUGGGAGCUGAUCCAGGACGAGGCGAGCCUCGCCGUGAACGUGACCUUCAGCGACGAGCUUUGGUUUCGGCUCUGCGGGGUUACUGGCUACUCGGCAUUCAAGGAGGCCGUGAGCUUUGAACUUGCCGAGAAGCAGCUGCGAGUGCUGCACGCCAGCGCCGUCGUGCUGGAUUUGCAGCUGCCUGCUCCUGUGGAUGCAAAGGGAGCCUCAGCCAGCGUCAGCAGCCGCAAGAUGCGCGUUGCUGUCAAGGCCCAGAAGCUUUCGGAGACGUCUUCCUGA